GCUGCGGGCGCGGUGCGCUGGGUGUCAUUGCCCGGGGGUCCCAAACAGUGUCAGUGGCGCCGGCAGCCCGGCAGGUGUGUGCCCGGAACGAUGGCGACAGAGUCCCCGCGCCGCCCCAGCCGCUGCACUGGAGGAGUGGUGGUUCGCCCUCAAGCUGCCACGGAACAGUCCUACAUGGAAAGUGUUGUUACCUUCCUCCAAGAUGUUGUGCCACAGGCCUACAGUGGAACCCCACCAGAAGAAAAAGAGAAAAUUGUCUGGGUCAGAUUUGAAAAUGCAGAUUUAAAUGAUACCUCCAGGAAUAUGGAAUUCCAUGAGAUCCACAGCACUGGGAAUGAGCCCCCACUGCUGCUGAUGAUUGGCUACAGUGAUGGGAUGCAAGUCUGGAGCAUACCUAUCAGUGGGGAGGCCCAGGAGCUGUUCUCGGUGCGCCACGGGCCGGUUCGAGCCGCUCGGAUCCUGCCAGCUCCUCAGAUCAGUGCUCAGAAAUGUGAUAAUUUUGCUGAGAAGAGGCCUCUGCUUGGUGUGUGCAAAAGCAUUGGGUCUUCUGGCACCAGCCCACCCUACUGCUGUGUGGAUCUGUAUUCCCUGAGAACAGGAGAGAUGGUCAAGUCCAUCCAGUUCAAAACUCCUAUUUAUGACCUGCAUUGCAAUAAAAGGAUCCUCGUUGUGGUCCUGCAGGAGAAAAUCGCCGCCUUUGACAGCUGCACUUUCACCAAAAAAUUCUUCGUCACCAGCUGCUAUCCUUGUCCAGGGCCAAACAUGAAUCCUAUUGCUCUUGGAAGCCGUUGGCUUGCUUAUGCAGAAAAUAAGCUGAUCCGAUGCCAUCAGUCCCGUGGUGGAGCCUGUGGAGACAACAUUCAGUCUUACACUGCCACAGUCAUUAGUGCUGCCAAAACAAUAAAGACUGGGCUGACCAUGGUGGGGAAGGUGGUGACCCAGCUGACGGGGACGCUGCCGUCGGGAGCCACUGAGGAGGAAAUCCUGGCUCACAGCAACCUGCGCAGGAGUCCCCUGGUGCCUGGCAUUGUCACCAUCAUCGACACCGAGACGGUGGCAGAGGGACAGGUGCUGGUGAGCGAGGACUCGGACAGCGAUGGCAUCGUGGCCCAUUUCCCUGCCCAUGAGAAGCCCAUUUGCUGCAUGGCCUUCAACCCCAGUGGGAUGUUGCUGGUCACCACUGACACAUUAGGCCAUGAUUUCCAUGUUUUCCAAAUCCUGACACAUCCUUGGUCAUCAUCACAAAGUGCCGUCCAUCACUUGUACACACUUCACAGGGGAGAGACCGAAGCCAAAGUACAGGACAUCUCCUUCAGCCACGACUGCCGCUGGGUGGUGGUCAGCACACUCCGAGGCACUUCCCACGUUUUCCCCAUCAAUCCCUACGGGGGCCAGCCCUGUGUCAGGACUCACAUGUCCCCACGGGUGGUCAAUCGCAUGAGCCGCUUCCAGAAGAGCGCGGGGCUGGAGGAGAUCGAGCAGGAGCUGACGUCGAAGCAGGGCGGGCGCUGCAGCCCCGUGCCCGGCCUGUCCAGCAGCCCCUCUGGCUCACCUCUCCAUGGUAAAUUGAACAGCCAAGACACUUACAAUAACUUCACAAACAACAACCCCGGGAAUCCUCGGCUCCUGCCUCUCCCAAGUCUGACCGUGGUGUUGCCUCUUGCUCAGAUCAAGCAGCCAAUGACAUUAGGGACCAUCACCAAACGCACGGGCAAAUCCAAACCAGCCCCACAGAUUUCACCCAGUAAGUCUGUGGGAGGGGAGUUUUGUGUCGCUGCAGUCUUUGGAGCUUCAAGGUCAUGGUUUGCAAACAAUUCUGGUCUCAAACGAGAAAAAGACCAGUCCAAGCAGUUUGUGGUGGAGUCCCUGUACAUCAUCAGCUGCUACGGGAGCCUGGUGGAGCACGUGCUGGAGCCGCGGCCGCUCAGCACCGCGCCCAAGAUCAGCGACGACACCCCCCUGGAGAUGGUCACCUGCCCCAGGGCCAGCUGGGCUUUGGUCAGAACUCCUCAAUGGAAUGAGCUCCAACCACCAUUUAAUGCAAACCAUCCACUGCUCCUGGCUGCAGAUGCUGUGCAGUACUACCAGUAUCUUCUGGCUGGCUUGGUGCCUCCAGGGAGCCCUGGGCCCAUCACCCGGCACGAGUCCUACGACAGCCUGGCCUCCGACCACAGCGGGCAGGAGGAUGAGGAGUGGCUGUCCCAGGUGGAAAUUGUGACUCACACGGGGCCUCACCGACGCCUGUGGAUGGGCCCUCAGUUCCAGUUCAAAACCAUCCACCCCUCGGGCCAAACCACCGUCAUCUCCUCCAGCUCCUCCGUGCUGCAGUCCCACGGGCCCAGCGACACCCCCCAGCCUCUCCUGGACUUUGACACUGAUGAUCUCGAUCUCAACAGCCUCAGGAUCCAGCCGGUGCGCUCGGAGCCCGUCAGCAUGCCGGGGUCCCCGCGGCCCGCGGCCGACCGCCGCGGCGUCUCCACGGUCAUCGAUGCUACUUCAGGUGCCUUCGACCGGAGCGUGACGCUGCUGGAGGUGUGUGGGAGCUGGCCCGAGAGCUUCGGUCUGCGCCACAUGUCCUCCAUGGAGCCCAGCGAGGAGGGGCUGCGCGAGCGCCUGGCCGACGCCAUGUGCGAGUCCCCCAGCAGGGACAUGGUGGGAUCAGGAACAGACACAGCCGGUGAAGUAGCAGUAAAAAACAUCACCACAAAGAGGCACAUGGCUUUGAAAUGUUUUGAGCUUCAGCGAGAGGGAAGCAUAGAGACGCUCAGUAACAGCUCGGGCUCCACCAGCGGCAGCAUCCCCCGCAACCUCGACGGCUACCGCUCCCCCCUGCCGACCAACGAGAACCAGCCCCUGAGCCUGUUCCCCACGGGAUUCCCCUAAAGCCGCCGCCCCUCAGGGACACAUCCAGGAGGGGACACAUCCAGCCAGCCCCCGAGCCUGUCCCCCGCGGGAUUCCCCCAAAGCCGCCGCCCAGCAGGGACACGCAGCCAGGGGAAGGAGCCGCCUCUCCCCCCGUCAAUCCCGCUGUGUCUGUCACCUGCCCGCUCCCGGGAUGGUUCUCGUUGCCCUGAUGAAUAUUGAUGACUCUUAAACCUUCCUGAAGCAUCCUCAUGAAAUCUUGACUCUGUGUUCCUGUGCAAUAGGAAGAGGCUCCAUCUUCAGUCCUGAGAGCUCUGCAGCUUCUUUUCUCGCUGUCUUCAGGAAGAGGUUGGGUGAGGAGAAAUACUCCUAAGCCAUCUUGGGUCAAGCACAAGGUUUCACAACUGUUCUCUGCUUUUUUUCGUGCUGAGAGAUGAAUCUCUGUAAGUCAGAGGAGCUCUCACCAUUUGUGAAAGUGCCGAGCAUUAUUGGAUGAACUGGAGAGACUGGAAACUGGAGGACUUUCUGUGGACAGGGUUGAUGAUGUUAUUCCUUCCUCAUCAUGUCUCCUUGCUGCCCUUCUUCCCCUCUGAUACUCAUUGAUGCCAGGAGUAUUACCAAUGGAAAUGUUUCUUUUUGUUCUUUGGAAGAAUUCUCUCUCUCUCUCUCGCUCCGAUUUUCUUCUAGUCAUGUAUUUUAGAAAUGUACUUAAUUGACUAAUUGCAGUCACGGAUUUCUCAUAUUUGGUUAUAAAAGUUGUUCAUUGGAACUCAGAUUAUCUGUCCAGAAAUGCAUGUGUCAUUGAAUAAAUCUAAGUUAAACAAGAAACUGCUUAAAUGGCAAUGUUCAUGGAGUGUUACUGGGCUGACUGUGGGCUUUGUGUACCUCCCUGGACCAGACUCUGUGUGUAUUUACUGACUUGAGGGCUUUAAUUAAAGCCAUCAGUGGCUGUUCUGCAGCCAGUCUAGCAUGGUUUUGC